UUCAGGAUGUGUUCUGUAUUGACUGAAACUAGCGUUCAUUUGGGUCGUCUUAAGGUAACCUUCAAACUAAAAGAAAGAAAGAAACCCUCGUCAAAAUCACCAAAGAAAACCACGCCUACAUCAAUACAGAAAGAAAAUACCAGACACUUGAAAUCUGUUUCAAGAUUUGCCCACACCCACCUAAUUAAUAACGAUAAUAAAGACACAGUAUUACUUGAGAAACCCAGUCUUUCAAAGAAGUGGGAGAAAGUGGGCACAAUUUCCCAGGCUCCUCCCACUGCCCCACCCACUACUGAUAAGGCAUUACCAGUGUUUGGGGAACGGAGUAAGCAAAUGGUUGAGAAGUUACUGGAACGAGCCAAAGCUUUACAAGAAAGUAUGAUUAGGGAACUUGAUAAAGAAAAUAAUCAAAAUAAUAUAAUUGAAAAAGAAGGUAGUGAAGACAUUCAAAAUGUGGAUGAGAAAAUUUUUGACAAUAUUGAUUUGACUCUGCCCAUAAGUCCAAGCAGUGUAACGAGUUUUGAAGAACACCAAAAGGUCGGACUACUCAAACUAACUCGCGAUGAAAUAGAGCGAGAGAAAGAGGAGGAGCUUAUACUCCUGGAACCACACCCACAUGAGUCACAUGACCACAAAACAAUAUCACAUGACCCGUUACCAAACCAACAGCUACAGGAUCAAGAAAUUAAAAAUUUGCAUCAUAAAAAGUUAAUGACGAACAAAGACGAUCAUCACGAUACUUCACAGUCACGUGAGGAGAGGUCACAUCACUUCACUAAAAGCGGAGGAGAGGGUAUCCCUCUGUUGUACCACUUGUUACUGGAGAUAGAUGAGGGGACAUCCCUUUUCCUCUCGUCCCAACCUGAUACUCUACCUAACGUUUAUUUAGUGUGUAAGUUAUACUCCAUGAGAGUACCUCUGACCACUGGGGUGAGCUGGAGGACUAGGAAACCACAAUUUAAUAUAAAACAAGUGAUACCAUUAGUUCUGAGAGACCAUUCUCACAUUAAAGGACAAUACUUUAUAAUAGAGGUGUGGCAUCAUCAGAGAAUGGACUUACCAGCUGGUGAAUUGGAAGACGAAUUGCUAGGGUUGGUAAAGGUUAGUCUGGACAUAGCUGGUGAUGCUUUGGAGAGUUUAAACAAUCAGAACAAUGAACUGGAUUGUGUGGUAAGGGACUUCACCACUGACUGCCCCGUACAUCUAGUCAUGUACUGUUUGAUGUGUGGGGAUUUUAGGGAAUUUCUUGUUUUAAUAUUCUUUAUCUUGGAACCAUUUUUUGACCAAA